CUGAUAGGUGGCACUGAUUGGCAUUGAUAGGUGGCACUGACUGGCACUGAUGGGUGACAUUGAAAGGCAGCUCAGAUGGGCACUGAUAUGUGCCAUUGAUGUGCACUGGUAUGCACUGAUAUGUGGCAUUGAUGUAGCACUGAUGGGCACUGGCCGGUGGCACUGAUGGGCACUGCCAGGUGUCACUUCUGGGGCCACACUGAUCAUCAGGGCACACUGAUCAUCAGUGCCCUGAUGAUCACUGUCAGCGUGACAGCUCGAGAGGAGAGAAAUGCCGAUAACUGGCAU